AUGACUAUAAAGAAUAAAUACGGAUACCUAAAAUUAGGUAUAGAAAUUGAAUAUCAUAAAAUACCACAAUGUGAAGAAAAUAAUAUAGAUCCUGAUUUUUUCGCAUGUAAACUUUUUAAUGAUAAUACGAAAAACAUAUAUAACGAAUUAAAUACAAAUGAUUUACUAAAUAAUUCUUCUAUGAUAAAUGGGAAUGGAAAAAAAUGUAGUUAUAAAAUAGAUCCUUUGUUUGGUAAUAUAUAUGAAGAUAAAAAUAUAUGGGAAAAAAAUAUAUAUGGAUUAAUGUCCACAUGGAUAAAUCCUGAUGACGAAAAUGAAAAUUCAAGUUUAUAUUCUAUGGAUGCAUUAAAUAAAGAAUUACAAUGGUCUACUUAUAUAUCUAUAAGUAAAUUGAUUAUUAACGUACCCAAUAUAAAAUGUGAUAAUUAUGCUAGAUAUAUUAACUCAUGUAUAAAUAAUUAUAAUAUGUUAUCCUUAAUAAUGAGAAUACCUAUUGUUAUAAAAAAAAAAAAACCUUGUCAUAAGGAAAGUUAUAAUAACAAUAUAACUUGUGACAUUAUAAAUGGAUGGAAUUUAUGGGCAAAAUUUAUUGCAUAUUGUAAUUUUAAUUAUAGUCAUUUAGGUUUAGCCCUUGAAUUAUCAAAUAUAAAUAAUAUAGAUUUAAGUAAUAUCCAAUUAGAUGUAUGGAAAUCUGAACCCGUAAAAUUAAUUAUCAUACCAUUAGAUGCAUUUCUAUUGGAUACUAAAACCGGGUAUCCAUAUUUACCAAAAAAAUUAAAGGAUUUCUUAAUACACUUUUUUAGAAAAAAUAUAGAAGUUUUAUUAAUAACAAAUGAAGACAAUAACAAGAUGAAUAAUCAUUUCAUUCAUUUCAAAAAUGAAUAUUGUAAUUAUUACCAACAAAAUUUAUGUAAUAAUGAAAUGGAUUCAUGUGAUAUUAAUGAUAAUAAUAAUAAUAAUUACAAUAUUAGUAAUACUAUUCAUACAAAAACUAAUAACAACUACUAUUUAAAAUGUUGUAUUUAUUAUAUAAAGAGAUUAUUUAUGUCCAUAGAAAAUUUUGACAAUGAUACACUUUUUGAUAGUUUUUAUUGGGAUUAUUUACAAAUACCUUUACAACCACUCAAAGAUAACUUGUCGUCCCAGACUUAUGAAGUUUUUGAAAAGGACCGCAAAAAGUAUGAGCAGUAUGAACUAGCCACAAGUAAGUAUUUAUCAAAUUGGAAAAAAGGAAAAAAAAUAAACAACAAAAAUAACCAAAUCAACAACAAAAAUAACCAAAUCAACAAUAAUAAUAAUAAUAAUAAUAUGGAACAACAACAAAGCGACCAUAAGAUUACCAUUUUUGUUGUGGGUGCGGGCAGAGGACCCUUAGUAGAUACGACCCUAUCAGCUUUAAAAAAGAAUGAAAUAACAGAUUAUGAAAUAUAUGCCAUAGAAAAGAAUGAUAGUGCUAUAAUUAUUUUAAAUAAUAGGGUACAAACAGAAGAAUGGAAAAAUGUAAAGGUUAUUCAUAGUGAUAUAAGAUAUUUAGAUAUACCUAAAAAAGCAGAUAUUAUUAUUAGCGAAUUAUUAGGUUCUUUUGGUGAUAAUGAAUUAUUUCCUGAAUGUAUGGAUGGAAUCAAGAAAUUUUUAAAAGAUGAUGGAAUUAGUAUACCAAUGAAUUGUGUAUCUUAUUUAGAACCUAUAACAUGUUCUGCUUUAUAUCAUAAAGUUAUGGAAAAUAAUAUAUCAGGUGGUAAUGAAUCUUUCUAUGUUGUUAAUAUGUAUUCAUAUACAAAAAUAUCACAAGAAUCAUCUAAAGAAUGUUUUUUUUUUCAAGUUCCACCUAUCUACACCAAACCAGAUAAUAGUCAUAAUUAUCGUUAUAAAAAUAUUAAUUUUAAAAUAAAAAUGGAUACAUAUAUACAUGGAUUCUUAUGUUAUUUUAAAUCUCAAUUAUAUGAUGAUGUGUAUAUAUCCAUAGAACCAAAAACACAUACACCGAAUCUUCAUAGUUGGUUUCCUCUAUAUAUUCCUAUAAAUAAAAUACAAUUUUUAAAAAAAGGACAAAACCUUUCUUUUAGUAUUUGGAGAUUAACAGAUCAUCAAAAAAUUUGGUACGAGUGGUGUAUUAAUGAACCCAUAACAACUAGUAUUCAUAAUUAUAAUGCUAGAUAUUUCUCUAUAGGAAGAUAA